CACAGACACUGCACUAGGUCCGGUCCAUAAACAUCGCAAAUUUUUUUCGCGGCUUGCGUUGCAUUUUUACCAUUUUUGUAGUAAAAUUUUAAAAUGUAUCGAAUUUCUUCAUUAGAUUCAUUAGAUUUUUUUUUUUUUUUACUACAAAGGCAAUAAAAAAAAGAAAAAGAACGAAAAAUAAAUAAAAAUAACACAUUUUCCUAAUUUGAAUUUGGAAUUAUCUUCUUUAAAAUUUAAACUUUUAAUGAUACCAAAACGUAGAACCGUGAACAAACGUGAUGCCAGAACGUUAGAACGUAAAAUAGUUAUCUGUUAAUGAUUAGUUAUUCAUUAUCGAAUAAAAAAAUUAGGAGAUAGCAUUUGAAACAUCAUAGUAUCUAUGAUUUAUCAGUGACAAUGCAGGAUUGCUGGAAUAUAUAUAUGAGGAAGCCUCAAAUUUUGUUUCAGUGUGUUUGUUAGGCACAAUGAAUUCUAUCAUCAUUUUGUUGGCCCUUGGUCUGGCUGCUGUGGCAGCUGUUCCAACAAACCCCCAAAGGAUUAUUGGUGGCUCGACAACCACCAUUGACCGGUACCCCGGUAUUGUUUCUCUGUUGUUUACAAGGAAUUGGAGUCAGUGGUGGCAGAACUGCGGCGGAAACCUUCUUAACCAGAGAUCUGUUCUUUCUGCUGCUCAUUGCACAUUCGGUGAUCAAACGGCUGCAUGGCGUUUUCGUGUUGGUUCCACCUGGGCCAACAGUGGGGGUGUUGUGCAUCUCUUGAACAGAAUUAUCUAUCAUCCCAAUUAUAACAGAUUUACAGCUGACAGUGACCUCUGCAUCUUACGCAGUUCCACCAACAUAGUUUUGAAUAACAACGUUCGUCCUGUUAAUAUUGCUGGUGCCAAUUACAAUCUUGCUGAUAACCAACCUGUUUGGGCUGCUGGUUGGGGUGCUACUUCGCUCGGAGGUUCUGGUUCGGAGCAGCUUCGUCACGUUCAGGUCUGGACUAUCAAUCAGAAUACCUGCGCCCAACGUUACAGACCCAUUAACCGUUCUAUCACCGCUAACAUGUUGUGCUCUGGUGUUUUGGACGUUGGUGGUCGCGACCAGUGCCAGGGUGACUCCGGUGGUCCUCUCCUCCACAACAAUGUCCUUGUUGGUGUCUGCUCUUGGGGACAGUACUGCGCUGACCGUCGCUACCCUGGCGUCAACGUUCGUGUUUCCCGCUUUACUUCCUGGAUCCAGUCCAAUGCGUAAUAAUUUUAAAGAAGAAACCAACCAACAAAAUUAUUAUAAAUAAUAUGUAAAUUUGUAUAAUUUUUUCAGUUAAUUGAAAUAUAAAAUUAUCAAUGAAAUAA